AUGACCGAGGACGAUGACCAGAAAGGAUACACUUGGGAAGCUGGAUAUGCGGACGGUUUGAAUAUCCGCGAGGUAUUGGAGGAAGAUGAAGGUGGAUCUAUUGAGAAAUCUAUUGCAAAGCUCGUUAUGGAGGCGAGAAAAAAGCAGCGUACGAUCGAGAAGCCGUCAAAAAUUCGUCUUGGCAUAAUGCGUUACGUCUAUGUAGCUAUCGAUUGCUCGCGAUCAAUGACAAGUAAAGUGUUGCCACCGUCUCGAUUUUUUGUUACUAUGAAGAUCUUGAACACAUUCAUUGACAAAUUCUUCGAGCAGAAUCCGAUUUCACAACUGGGAAUAAUUAUUGUGAAGGAUAAGAAAGCAGAACGUUUCGUUAGUCUUACAGCAAAUGUCCGAGCUUUGAAAGACAAUCUGGCUUCGCUUAAUGAAGCUAUAUGUAGUGGAGACUUCUCGCUUCAAAAUGCCCUACAGCUUGCACUCACCAAUUUGAAAAGCCUACCUGGUCACGUUUCUCGUGAAGUGAUAGUGAUCAUGUCCAGCUUAUCCACAGUGGAUCCAGGAAACGUGUUCUCCACGUUUGAGGUUCUGAGAGGGCAUAAUAUCCGUUGUUCUGUGAUAGGAAUAAGUGCGGAGUUAUUUGUUUGCAAGCAGUUGGCAAAAGUCACUAACGGUAGGUACGAUGUCGUCCUUGAUCAAGACCAUUUCGAACUUCUUCUUUCGCAACACACUGCACCUCCUCCUUCGACGAAAGCGGCAGAGUGUAAUGCAAUUCGAGUUGCAUUUCCUCCUCAUAUGACCAUUCGAGAGCGCUCAUUCUGCGUUUGUCAUCCAAUGUCUGCACCUUUGUCAACAUCGCGCGGUUUUCUUUGCGAACAAUGUGGAGCUCGACAUUGUUCGCUACCAGCUGAGUGCCGUGUCUGCCGGAUGACGCUCGUUUCUGCCCCACAGCUAGCUCGAGCAUUCCGACAUUUGGCCCCGCUUCCUGCUUUCACCCCUGUAUCCGUGACUGAGGGUGAAUGCAUGGCAUGUGAACACCCCCUAUCAGGCGAAGGCUUCACUUGCAAAUCGUGUGGUGCAAUUUUCUGCUUUGAUUGUGACAUACUUCUCCAUGAAAGCCUCCACGUCUGUCCAAACUGUGUCUGA